CUCUCACUUCUCGUCGCGAGUUACAGGUAGUGCGGUGCGGCGGCCUCUCUCUCUCUCUCUCUCUCUCUCUCUCUCUCUCUAUAUCCCUGCGCCGGAAAGAGGCGAAAAAUUUAGAGGAAGAAUGACUAGUUCUGCUUCAAAGGUGGGAGGGAGCGGCCUGGUGAAGAGGGUAGAGAUUGAAGGAAGGGGGAGGGCUCUGGUUGCCUCUCAAUCACUCAGAGGCGGCCAAAUCAUCCUCACAGACUCUCCUAUCCUACUCUAUUCCGCACAUCCUCUUUCCUCCUCCUCCAACGCUUACUGUUCCAACUGCUUCAGGCACUUACAAACUUGUUCCACCCUCGUCUCCUGCUCUUCAUGCCCUUGUCUCUUCUGCUCCCCCGAUUGCCUCACUCAUGCCCUCUCUUCCUCCCACUCUCCCUGGGCCUGCUUCGCCCUAUCUCUUUUGCGCGCUUCUCCCUCUCUCUCACUCUCCCAUUCCGAGCGCCAAGUCCAAGCCCGUUUUCUAGUCGCCGCAUACAAUCUCGCCAUCGUCUCCCCUUCCCACUUCCACAUAUUGCUUUCUCUUCAAGGCAUGGCUCUACCCUCCUCUGAUUCUGACGCUCCCACCUUCCUCCAUUCCCUCCUCUCUUCCCUCUCUCCUCCUCAGGGCGUUGCCGGAUUCUCUGUAGAGCUCACCACCGCUUUGCUCGCCAAGGACAAGCUCAAUGCUUUCGGUCUAAUGGAGCCUCCCGCACCUGCCCCAGGCGGCGAGAGAUCCGUCAGAGCUUAUGGAAUCUACCCCAAAGCUUCUUUCUUCAACCACGAUUGUCUUCCCAAUGCUUGCCGAUUCGAUUAUGUCGAUACUGCCUCCCACCAUAAUACUGACAUCACCAUUAGACUCAUUCAUGAUGUUCCCGAGGGAAGUGAGAUUUGUUUGAGUUAUUUUCCCGUGAAUGAGACUUAUGCUGACAGACAGAAGAGGCUGCUGGAAGAUUACGGCUUUACCUGUUAUUGUGACCGUUGUCGGGUUGAAGCUAAUUGGAAAGAUGAUGAUGAGCAAGAGGAGGAGCAGGAUGAUGAGGGCCAAGUGAUGGAUGAGGACCAGGAUGAACAAAUGAUUGGUUCAGAAAAUGAGAACGAGAUUGGAGAUGGAGGAGGGGAAAAUGAUUUCCCUCACGCCUAUUUCUUUUUGAGAUACAUGUGUAGUAGAGAAAAUUGCUGGGGCACACUGGCUCCAUUGCCUCCAUCGGAUUCAGAUGCAUCUCCUUCUAAUCUCAUGGAAUGUAACGUCUGUGGAAACUUGAAGAAGGCUGAUGAAGACUUCAACAGCGAUGAAGACAGGCUCUCUGUGGAUGACUGAGCUCUUUUCACUUUCAUGAUGAUGUUGCAACUACAGACUUGUUGAUACCAUGGUUCCUAUCAAAACUCUGAGCCAACUUGAAGCUGUGGCAAUCUGUUGUCAUAGGAAGAUUGCUGAAGAAUGAGGAAGGAGGAAAUUGAAUAGGCUAGGAUCUUUGUGAGAACAUUUUAUUUUUUUCUUUAUUUUUGUCAUGUAAAAUAAGUACACCAAACUGGACACAGGGGCUUCAACUCAAGUGCAGAGUUUCUGGAAUUUCUAUUGCUUAAAAAAUUCUUCUUACUAGGCUCCUUCUAUACACUAAGACAAGCAAAUUGAGAUUGUUUUCCAUUGCUUCUUCCAAUUCCUUUACAUGAGCUUGUCAUGCUAGCAAGGAAGUGCUUCUCUCCCUCUCCUCUAGACCACCCCAAAAAUCUCAAAGAAUGACAAAAACAUGGCCCAGAUGUCUCAGGCUAGGAAAGGACAUCAAGAGAUGGCUUACUGACAUUUGUUUUGUGGAUGCAGCACCUAUCAACCGAGAUCUGCUGCCUCAUUAAGAACUAGUCAAUGUCCAAAUUCUUUUUCCCCGACUGUCCCUGGGAAAAAUGUUGCUUUUGGAGGGGUUAGGGUUAGAAAAGGAGACCCAAGUAUCUUAGGUGCUAAGGAAAUUGACAUUCACUGCUGCAACUUCACCUCAAGGAAGGAUCUCACUGAAAAUUUUAGCCUUGGUUUAAUUCAUUUGAACAGUUGUUAUUUACUUGCGGCUUGCUAUUGCUGUCAAGUGCUAGCACAAUAAGGAGUGUCAAGUUGUAGUAACAUCAGUUUUCUUAUAUUUUCUCUAUCAAAGUACAUCACUUAAAAGUUAUAAUCUUCCUAUACUUGUUGAAUUGGGUAAUUUAGUUACAACACUUCCUUGUACGUGAUUCUCAACAUCUCUGCACAAAACCUCCUUGACUGAGUCUGAAUCUUUUUAUUUUUCAUCGCCCCAAAGCCAUGGCCAUGUAAUGACUUGGAUGCAAUGCCAUGCUACAUAAUCGUCUUGCCUGCCUCAUUAGCUACUUUAUCAUUGUAUCUUGGGAUGGUUCUUUGCUUUCCCUCCAAUUAUGUGCAUCCUGACAGAUCCA